AUGGACCAAAAGCAUGAGGACAAAAAGCUUUACUUUCUCAGAUACUUUAAGGGGCCUGAACUUCUUAUUGAGUUGCAACACUAUGACUGUUCAUUAGACAUGUGGAGCCUUGGUUGCAUGUUUACUGGAAUGAUAUUUCGCAGAGAUCCUUUCUUUUAUGGCCAUGACAACCAAGAUCAGUUUAUCCAAAUAGUCAAGGUGCUUGGGACUGAUGAAUUGAAUGCAUAUCUUAAUAAUUAUCAUCUGGAACUUGAUCCUGAAGUUGAUGCACUUAUUGGAAGACGUAGCAGAAAGCCCUGGUCUAAAUUUAUUAAUUUAGAUAAUCAACAUCUGGUGUCACUUGAGACAAUUGAUUUUCUUGAUAAGCUCCUUCAAUAUGAUCAUCAAGACAGACUAACAACUAGAGAAGCAAUGGCACAUCCAUAUUUCUCUCUAGUAAGGGUAGUAGAAAGUAGCAGAAUGAGGAAAUAA